AUGGUUUGCUUUGCUGAAGGUCACAUGUCAUUUAAGUGUCCGUCAUCAUGUGCCAUAUGUAAGCGUCGUCAUCACGCAUUACUACAUCGCGAAGCAAAUUCAAAACCGGUCGCACCUUCAGCUGCUCUGCUAGGUCGACAACAAGCUCCAACAGUACUGCUCGGGACAGCUCUAGUCCAUGUACGCGACACGGUAGGGAGUUGCCGGACAGUUCGUGCUCUAAUAGACUCCGCUUCGCAAAUUAGUGCGAUAACGUCGACAUGUUGUGAUCGUCUGGGGUUUAAGCCAUCGCGUUGGACGGUACCAAUCACAGGGCUUUCAGGUCAGAAGGUUCCAGACGUGCAAGGCAUUGUCCAGCUAACGAUCCAGCCGAGAGAGUGCUCCACCCCAUCGAUCAAGGUUCAACCUUGGGUUCUGACAACCAUCACAUCCGACAUGCCCGCCCGGCAAUUACCAGUUCAAGUACGAGCCAGAUGCAGCCACUUGUCAUUAGCGGAUCCAAGCUUUGAUGUACCAGCUCCGGUCGAUAUGCUCAUCGGCGCGGAUAUUUUCCCGCAAGUCUGGAACAACAACAAAAGCAGCUCAUUGGGACCAGGAUUCCCAUCGGUAUACAGCUCGGUAUUCGGUUGGGUCCUGAUUGGUCCGGUCCAGGAUCAUCCAAACAUUGGGGGUCAGUCCAUGUUAGUGUCCUUAGUGUCAUCUAUGGAGUCCAUCAUGGAAGGGUUUUGGUUGGUUGAAGAACCGGAGGCAGCUCCGCCUCGGUUUACUGAAGAUGCUCUGUGCGAAGAGUUAUUCAAAUCGGAAGUUUGCAGGGAUUCAGAGGGUCGGUUUUCUGUUCCUCUUCCGUUUCGUUCAGGUCGACCAGUGGAAGCUUUCCUUGGUUCUCGACAGGUUGCGCUGAAUCGGUUUCUAAAUCUGGAGCUGAAGUUGUCCGCGGACAACAUCUUGUACAAGGCCUAUCGCAAGUUCAUGUCCGAGUAUGAGGAACUCGGCCAUAUGUCCCUAGCUGAAGGUACUGGUCAAUACUACAUCCCUCAUCAUGCGGUGCAGAAAAUUGAAAGGGAUGAGGUAAAGUUGCGGGUGGUAUUCGAUGCUUCCGCGAAAUGCCAUUCUGGGGUGUCCCUCAACCAGUGCUUGUUGGUUGGUCCUAAGUUACAACAGGACAUUGUUGAUGUCUUGGUUGGUUUUAGAGUGCAUAAAGUGGCUUUUACGACAGAUAUAUGCAAGAUGUAUCGCCAGAUCGAUUUGCUCCCACAAUACCGAGGCUAUCAAUACAUCUUGUGGCGGGAUUCUCCGCAAGUGAUCGUCAAGGAAUAUGUUCUGAAUACGGUAACGUAUGGGGUAAAUAGUGCUCCCUAUUUAGCCUUGCGUGUCCUACGUCACAUUGCUGAUACAGAUUGUGAGAAACUGCCAGAGGUGAAAGGAGUUCUUUACAAUCAUACAUAUAUGGAUGACAUUUGCGUCGGUGCCGAGUCGUUGGAAGCUGCCGAGGCGCUGCAGUUAAACCUGGUCACGACCCUUGCCAGGUCCGGUUUAGAAUUGAAGAAGUGGGCCAGUAAUAAGCCAGAGUUACUGAAGAAUAUUCUUCAAGAAGAUCGUUCGAGUGACCCCUUGUUAUUCGAGCAGGAAAAUGCCAC